AGUCGCGCCUCUCACCACAUACAAUGCGCGCUUCACCAGGCGAGGACCACAACAGCUGGAAAGUAACUUGACGAAAUAAAAACGACAUAAGAAAACUAAAGUUAUUAUUUGACCUUGCUUGUCUUUGAAUAGGUUGCUUUCUGUUUCUUGGGACACGUGUUGUUGUAUGGAAUGUACGAGUUGUUGCUUUCUCACAAGGAUUGAUAAAUGAUAAACGGUUCGGAUGUUCGCGCGGAUGGUUCACGAAAAUGAACACAGAUUUUAAGAAGCCUCCUCUUGCUCCUAAACCAAAGCUUGUGAGUCACCUCUCCUUCAAGCUGCCAUCCCCACUCAUGUCCCGGCCCUGCUCCUCAGCCAGGGGCCCCAAACCUCCCAUUGCCCCCAAACCCAAAGUACCACAUGACCUUGAGGGGCGUGACUCUUCCCUGUUCUCCAACAACAGCCAGGAGGGGUGCGCCAACAGGGACCUGCUGCCCUCAGACGAGGAGCUGGACCAGGAGAACGAGCCAGAGGACUCUCUGAGUGGAGGGGAGGGGCUAGAGGAGGAGCCAGUGGAUCCUCAGUAUUCUUCAGACACUCUCAGUUCAGGGGUCAACGAGAAUGGGUAUGAAGAGCAGAGGGAACAGGAGGAAAAGAUGAUGCAGGAGGAAGAGGAGGACUGGAGGUUAACUGACAGGGUUCAAACAGAGGAGGUGGAUUCUUUGGAAAUGCUGACGGUCAGUAAUGCUGGAUUCACAAUUGACUCAGAGGACACGGUGGAGAUGAUCGAUUCGUACAUCAAUGAUGACAUCGACGCUGAGGGCAGCUAUGCAGGCGAGGCGCUGGCCGACAAAGAUGGCCUCUCAGUGUGCGACCUCUCCAUAACCAGCAUUGAGGAGGAGGAGUCAGCAUGCUACCCCUGUGAAACUGGGCUUGGGAAAGAGGAGAGGGAUGUAGAGGAGGAGAGGGAGCAGGAGGUGGAGUGCAGAGGAGAGGAAGAAAAAGAAGCAGCUGAUAGCACAGCAGACAAAGUAACAGAAUCUCUUUCUGAGGAACCCAUAGCUCUCAUCAAAGGUUACAAAGAUGACCUUGUUACCCAAGAGCCUUCAUCCUUCAAGGAGGAUGAGGAGGAAGCAGAGGAAUCCUUACCUAACCCUGGUAGUCCUCACAAUGUCCUACAGGAGGACGAUGGAAAUAAUGUAAUUGGUCCCUCAAAUGAGAGAGUAGAAAGGUACCAACCAUUUUCCAUCAUUGACGAAGAGCCCAUGACUAUUCAGUACAAAAUGGAAGGAGGUGAGUGCCAACUAAGCCACCAUAAAGCAAAUCAACUCUUUGAGACAGAGGAAGAAGCAGCUGACCCCAGCCUGGAGCCUUAUUACAUCUCAACUGAGGACAUCGUGAACCCAGAGCAGAGCCCCACAGAGGGCAAAGUUCACAGAUUGGCAGAGAGUGAGAGCACUCCGGAGGAAUCUUCACUGGCCACCACAGAGACCAUGGAACCCAGUGAGUAUUCAGCAAUAGGUGACAAUGACUCGCUGUGUGAUGACUCUGACGACAUGGGGAAGAUUGAGUGUGUCUCCUCUGAGGACUACGUUGAGAUAGAUGAUGAUGAUAAUGAUGACAGGGAGAACAUGACAGGUUCAUGUCAGAGAAGGAUGCCUGGAUUCCAGACGGUGGAGGCUUUCUUUAACCAGAGUAACAACCAGCCCCGUUUCAGGCUGCUGUCCAUCUCUGUGCCAGCGGACACAGAGACCUCCCAGGUCUUGUUGUUCUCUGACAGCCAGCUGCGCUCCCCAGAUGACUCUGAUGUGUUCAGGGAUGAGGAGGACCUAGAGGGUCACAUCAUUCCCUACCUGGAUGAGACAACAGACACAGAAGAGAACCUCAGUAUUGAGCAUGUCUACGAAGAGGCCGGCCUGGACUCAGAGGGGGAGAAUUUCCUGCCUUUUGACAGGAAGUCCAUUGUCACCAGGUCCCGGUCACUGUCGGGGAAAGUGCCUGGUUAUGUACCUGAGACGGUCCCUGAGGAGGCGGGCUCAGAGUUCCAUGUUCAGAACUACUGCGAGGUGGGAUUGGACCGGAGGGGACCCGCAUUGAGCAGCAGCCCCAUGUUAAACUCAACCCGGGCCAAGAGCUCAUCCAAACCACAUCGCUUUCUCCUGUACCCCCGCUCCUUCUCCAUGAAGGGACGUGACCUGCCCCUAAGUGUGUACAGGGAGGGCCAGGGUUCCCCGGGGGAGAGGAGGGAGGACAGCCUCUCUCUGCCGUGUGUCACGGGCUCUUCUGGAAGCUUCUCCCAGCGAAGCCCCCUGCCCUCCAGCAGCCUGUCCACCCCUACAUCAAUGGUGGACAUCCCUCCUCCCUUCGAGCUGGCCUACAUCACCAAGAAGCCCAUCACCAAAAGUUCUCCAUCCCUGUUCAUCGAGGGAGACUCCCCAGACAGGCAGAAGAAGAAGAAGUCCUCCUUCAAGCGCUUCCUGAUGUUGAAAUUCAGGAGAAAGACGGAGAGCAAGCUGCUGGUGGAUGUCAACGUGUCCUCCUCCAGGUCCUCCUCUGAGUCCAGCCACCACGGCCCUGCCAGGGUCCUUGAUUCAGACAGGCGCAGCACAGGCAGCUCCCCGCAGCUCAAGUCCUGGACAGUCAGUAAGCCCCAGCGCUCUCCAGAGUCCCCAUCCACCUUUCUGUUCUAUAAGGACGGGAAAAGAAAAAGGGGUUCUGUGGCUUUCCUCAACCGCAGCGUGGCCCGGGUAGAGUCCUUCGAGGAUCGCACUCUCGCCCCCUUCACCCCCCUCCCCCUGACUAAACCCCGCUCCAUCUCCUUCCCCAAUGCUGACACAUCAGACUACGAGAAUAUCCCCGCCCAGACUCUCAACUCCGACUAUGAGAACAUCCAGAUCCCCUCUCGGAGGCCUGUACGACCGGGGACCUUUGCAGAGUAUUUUGAUCAUCCGAGUCGGGCGCUGUCUUCUGCCAAUGACACUGAUGGUUAUGUGGAUAUGAGUAGCUUCCCUGGGUAUGAGAGAAAUGCUCAAUCGUCUGAGCAGGAGCCUGAAAGUGCCUAUACAGAAGCCUACACCGUGUGCUCCCUAGCUGUUGGUCCCCCUGGUGGGUCAUCGGGUGAGGCGAGGGGAGGGACAGCUGAGGAGGAGGACCAAGGACGCACCUCUGAGGAGGAGGAGGAGGAGGGAGGAGAAGAUAACACAUAUGGCAGACAGAGCGAUGGUCGAUCCAGAGCCUUCUACAUUGCCAAAGAGCUGGUGGACACUGAGAGAUUACAUGUGAAAGCCCUCAGGCUUCUCCAGGUGGACUUCAGGGAGGCGGUGGGGGCUGCAGUAGGGGAUGAGGGGGAUCCUGUGCUGGAGGAGGAGAGGCUAAGGGAGAUCCUCAACAAGCUGCCUGAUGUUUACACUCUGCACCGCAGAAUCCUCACCGAGUUAGAGAACCGCAUCCGACAGUGGGAAGAGAGCCAGAGGAUUGCGGAUGUCAUCCUAUCCAGGAAGUUGGAGUUUGUGGUCUUCACGGCCUACAUUGGUCACUACGACCGUAGCAUGAGCCUGCUGGACGAAAGCUGCCGGACCUCGCCCGCCUUCUCAGCCAUCGUCAGCCAGUAUGAGCAGAGUCCAGCAGGUGACAAUGUCUCUCUGAAACACCAGCUUCUGCAGGUCAUCGUACGUGUGGCUCAAUACCGCAUGCUCCUCACCGAUUACCUCAACAACCUCUCCCCAGACUCCAAAGAAUACGAAGACACACAAGCUGCUCUGGUGGUAGUCUCAGACAUUGCAGAUCAAGCCAAUGACAGUUUGAAACAUGGGGAGAACCUGCUACGUCUUGUCAACAUAGAGUACAGUGUUGGAGGCCAGAGGGAUCUGCUCCAGCCUGGCAGGGUGUUUGUGAAGGAGGGCACUCUGAUGAAGGUCAGCAGGAAGUGCAGACAGCCACGCCACCUGUUUCUGAUGAAUGAUGUGCUGCUGUACACCUACCCUCAGCAGGACGGGAAAUACAGACUGAAGAAUAGCCUCCCACUGACUGGGAUGAAGGUCAGUAAACCCAUCAUAGAGAAUGUACAGAAUGCUCUGAGUAUCGAGGGAGCAGACAUCUCCAUCACCUUGGCAGCCAGCUCCUGUAGUGAGAGAGAGGACUGGUUCCACACUCUGAGUCGGACAGUGUCUGACCACGCCAGAGGACCUGCGCCAUUCAGCAGCUGCUCUGGAGAGGCCAGAGAGCGUCUGUGGCUGUCCCUGGGGGAGAAGGCUCCUACUCUGGUGCCUGUAUCCCAUGUGAUGAUGUGUAUGAACUGCACCUCAGACUUCAGCCUCACACUGCGCAGACACCACUGCCAUGCCUGCGGGAGGAUUGUGUGUCGGAGCUGCUCCAGGAACCGAACCCCUCUGAAGUACCUGGAGGACCGCAUGGCCAACGUGUGUGACCACUGUUACAGCGAGCUCCAGAAGAGAGGAGGAAAUGUGUCUGGGGUGAGUGGUACUGACAGUCCUCGUUCUAAUCGCCGCUCCAUCCGCCCGCUCUCUGCCGUCUUCCAGAACUUUCACCCUCCCAGCCUGUGGAGACGCAAGGGUACCGCCUCUCUGACCCAGGUGAGUGUGUCAGAGGAGGGCUCUAUGAGCGGGACUCUGCAGCGCAGUAAGAGGAGCAAGAGGAACUGGAAGAGGCUGUGGUUCCUCCUCAAAGACAAGGUGCUUUACACCUACCAGGCCUGCGAGGAGAAGGUGGCGUCUGAGAGUUUGCCUCUGUUGGGCUUCACAGUUAAGCUGCCUGACAGGCCAGGUGGAGCGGAGACUACCAACGUCUUUGAGCUGUACCACAAGAAGACCCUGUACUACACCUUUAAGGCCGAGGACAACCACACUGCUAAGAGAUGGGUGAACGCCAUGGAGGAAGCCACAGUUUUAUAGCAGUGGCCAUCUUGGGUGGGUUGUUGAGUCUGUAUCUUUGGAUGUGCAUCACUCACCUUCCAGACUUACCCUGGGGACCUCACUGCCACUCUCCUGCUACACAUAGCAGUGCCUCAGAAUGCCUGAAUGUAAAACAAAAAGGGAAGAGUAAGAGGGAGGAAUAUGUUAAUUUUGCCUUUAGUCAGCUGUGACGGCUGUGUCUUACUGUGUGUGGACCGAGAGAGGAGAGAAGGAAACAUGGUGUUCUUAAAGGAGGGGACACGCUCGCCUACUUUGUCACCCUCCAAUGUCCCCGUCCCGCUGCUACGGAAGGUGUGACACCCAGAGCCAAGUGAGGAGCUGGCACGGAUAGGUUCCGUUCUGGAAAAUUCCACCAAGACUACCUAUGACCCCCCCCCCACACACACACACACACACACACACACUUUUCAUGGAAUUAACUACUCUGGAUUACUUAUAAAAAUGGAAGGGAAAUGACAUGCAAAAGAAAUGCUGGAUUUAUUAAAGCAAAGAAGAAUAUGUUGGUUGAUAUCAAGCUAUCACUACAUUGACAUGUUUUUGACACUAAGAGCCCUGACAAGGGGUUACAUUUGAGGCUAAAGAAGACAAGACAGAAAAAUAACAUUAGCAGUAAAUGUGUUUAAACUGCAUGUCCUACUAAUGUGUAACCUACAUCCAGAGCUUAUGAAAAUGAUGGAUCUGUUAUUAAUACACGUUGACCACAUGCCAACGUGACUGUAGUCUUAAUGUGAUGUCAGAAGAAUGAGAGUGGAUCUCCAGGUAUUAUUACACCAUCCUCUGAGGUCGUAGGGUCAUUCACCCCUCCCGGGUCGACCCAGUAUGUGCUUCCAUGUUCACAGUGCAAUACAGCCUUAGUAAACCAACAUGGCGGUACUUUAAAAGAUCUCCCUCUAUUUACUGAAUGGACGCCCUAUUUCUCUCCUUUUAUCAGAACACGUUUCUGCACUGGACUCCAGCUUCACGUGCCUGACAUUUUGAAGCACAGGUUCUGCUCAAAGUAUGACUAUUGUCUUGUAUUGUUUUACAUUUAAUGUGUUUCUUAGCUACAUAUUUUCGCCAUGUACUGUAUUUUCUGAAAUGGCCUUACAUACAACAAUUAGUUCAUGUAAAUACAUAUGUAGAGAUUUUGAUAGGCAAAAAUGAUUUUGCUUUUUUUGCACUCAUAAAAGAAGAAUGGAACUGAAAGAGCAAUGUAGUGAAGUGCACUCCUCUAAAUGUUAUUGUUUGAUCAUGUGUCUUGGUCAGCCUGUGCCAAACUCACUAAGCCCAGUGCCUGGAGUUCGUUCUCUGUGUUAGCAAACCAUGGAUAUAUCAAUUAUAUCAGAUCAAUGACAAAAAAGAGGCUUGUCCUCAACGUUAAGUUGCAUAAUAUGUCAAAUUCCUAUUUGUACCAAGCCUCAGCUCCGCCUUAUAAUGGGAGUGGUUUCCCUGAUGUAAAACACUGCUAUCAGCCAUAAUCACUGUAGUGGACUUUGAAAUGGAUGAGUUAUUUAUUUCAAACUGUUGGGGUUUCUCAAACAAGUAAAGUGGAUAUUCUUUGUGUGUA